AUGCACAUCACAGGCACCACCGCUCAUAACCUGUACAGGCUUGGCAGCAGACAUGUUCCAGCUGGGUACAAUAACGUGGAAGUUGCUCAGCUUCUGCUGGAGCGAGGGGCUGAUGUCAAUGCACAAGAUAAGGGAGGUCUGAUACCACUGCACAAUGCCAGCAGCUAUGGCCACCUGGACAUUGCAGCUCUGCUCAUCAAGUACAAUACUGUUGUCAAUGCCACUGACAAGUGGGGUUUUACUCCUCUCCACGAGGCUGCCCAAAAGGGUCGCACCCAGCUUAGUGCCCUGCUGUUGGCCCAUGGAGCAGACCCAUUCCUGAAGAACCAGGAAGGUCAGGCACCCAUUGAUCUGGCAAGCGCUGAGGAUGUGAGGUCACUGUUGCAGGAUGCAAUGGCUGCCCAUCCUUCCCCUUCCUGUCCUGCUCCUACCGUACCCCCGCCCACCCCCUCUCCCUCGCUGGCCGACACUGUGGUCAUGCCCACUGGUACCGCUCUCUCUCUGGCCACACCUGUUCCUCUUGCUCAGGAUACCGUGGUUGACAUCACAGCUUCCCCGCCUGAUGUGACCACUCUCUCCGGCUUCCUUUCCAAUCUGGGUCUGGAGAACCUAUUAGAACUGUUUGAGCGGGAACAGAUAACCCUGGACAUCUUGGCAGAGAUGAGCCAUGAGGACCUCAAGCAGAUUGGAAUCACUGCCUACGGUCAUCGGCACAAGUUAAUCAAGGCAAUCGACAAGUUAGCGGCGACACCAGGAGUGCUCGGAGGUCUCACUAACAGUCCAGCCACAUUGCUGGUGGACCUGCUGGCCGAAGAUAAGGAGUUUAUCGCUGUAGAAGAGGAGAUGCAGGCAACAGUGAGAGAGCAUCGGGACAGUGGUCAGUCUGGUGGAGUCUUUACAAGAUACAACAUCAUUCGGAUCCAGAAGGUCCAGAACCGUAAACUGUGGGAACGUUAUAAUCACCGACGAUCUGAAGUGGCUGAAGAGAACAACAAUACACCUAAUGAGAGGAUGUUAUUCCAUGGCUCCCCGUUCAUCAACGCCAUUGUACAGAAGGGCUUUGACGAGAGGCAUGCUUACAUUGGUGGCAUGUUCGGCGCAGGUAUAUAUUUCGCAGAACACUCGUCUAAGAGCAAUCAGUAUGUUUAUGGAAUAGGAGGAGGCACCGGGUGUACCAUACACAAGGAUAGAUCCUGUUACACAUGCCACAGGCAUCUACUGCUGUGUCGGGUCACGCUGGGCAAGUCAUUCCUGCAAUUCAAUGCUAUGAAGAUGGCCCAUGCUCCACCCGGCCACCACUCUGUCUUGGGUAGACCCAGCUGCGGUGGACUCAACUUUCCUGAAUAUGUUGUCUAUAGGGGUGAACAGGCGUAUCCUGAGUAUCUGAUAACUUAUCAGAUAGUAAAGCCUGAAGACACGUCCGACAUCAGGUGAAAAUGGACAUUCCUCUUUUGUGAUAUCCUAACAAACUGGUUGUGAACCUAGGAACAAGCUCAAUAUUUUGUUAACAUUUGUUACAAACUAUUUUUUAAUGUGGACUGAUAUCUGUGUUGUGGUAUAUGUGGAACACUGUUUCAAGUGUUUUUAUUUAAUGUAUAUGUUGUAUUAGAUAAUGAAAACUCGUACGCAA